GGUGGCGCUUGGUGACAGCGAUGGAGGCGCUGCCGGGAGAUGUGCGACUGUUUCUACAGCAACACCCGAGUCUGCAACUCAUCGCCGCCAAUAAGGUUCGCUGUACCCUGACUGGGCAUGAGUUGAUCUGCCGACUCCCCGAACUGCAAAGCUUCACCAGAGGGAAGAAGUACCAGAGAUUAACCACUGCCUCCUCCUCUUUUGACUUCAGCAGCUUCGAGCCCCACAUCGUACCAAGUACAAAAAAUCCGAAGCAGCUGUUUUGCAAGCUGACUCUGCGCCACAUCAACAGGAUCCCAGAGCACAUCCAGCGCCACGUGCAGGGCAAGCGAUAUACUAGAGCUUUGAAGAAAUAUGAGGAGUGCAAGCAGCAGGGAGUGGAGUUCGUCCCUGCUUGUCUCCGGAACAAAACCAAACCAAAGGACAACUCGGGCCAUGAGCGGUCAGCGGGCAGAAAGGGAAACACGUGGGAGCCGCCCUUCAGUGAUUCAGAGGACAGCGACUCGGGGGACAGCAUGAGUGAUUUGUACCCAGCCCAGCUGUUCACUAAGAAAAAUCAUGAGAAUGAACAAGAUGACAGUUUUCAGUCGGAUAGUGAUGAGGAGGAGAUGGAGGUGGAGCCGCCUCAGAACCAAAAUAAAAGACAACAGAAACAGAAUGGCCCAGCAAAGAAGAAAUUUAAGAAGCACCACCAGAAAGCCAAGCAUUUCAGAAAGUCAGCAGCGAAAUAAACUUGAUUUGUUCUUUUUG